AUGGGGUCUGAGGGCAGGGCAGCGAGACCCGAGCGGUAGCAGGUGGGACGGUGCGCUCACUGGGCCUCGCCUCCGCAGGGGGCGCUCGUCUCCGGGGCGUGGCCUCGCGCAGCCCCGCCCUCCUCGCCGGCGACCGCCAGGCGGGUGCCUCGCAGCGGCGGCGCUGACAUGGCUGCGCUGGUGGAGCCGCUGGGGCUGGAGCGGGACGUGUCCCGGGCGGUGGAGCUCCUCGAGCGGCUCCAGCGCAGCGGGGAGCUGCCCCCGCAGAAGUUGCAGGCCCUCCAGCGAGUCCUGCAGAGCCGCUUCUGCUCUGCCAUCCGGGAGGUGUAUGAGCAACUCUAUGACACGCUGGACAUCACCGGCAGUGCUGAGAUCCGGGCCCACGCCACAGCCAAGGCCACGGUGGCCGCCUUCACAGCCAGUGAGGGCCACGCACAUCCCAGGGUAGUGGAACUGCCCAAGACGGAUGAGGGCCUGGGCUUCAACAUCAUGGGGGGCAAGGAGCAGAAUUCGCCCAUCUACAUCUCCCGUGUCAUCCCUGGAGGCGUGGCUGACCGCCACGGAGGCCUCAAGCGUGGGGACCAGCUGCUGUCAGUGAAUGGUGUGAGCGUUGAGGGUGAGCAGCAUGAGAAGGCAGUGGAGUUGCUGAAGGCUGCCCAGGGCUCGGUGAAGCUGGUGGUGCGCUAUACACCUCGAGUGCUGGAGGAGAUGGAGGCCCGCUUUGAGAAGAUGCGCUCUGCCCGGCGGCGCCAGCAACAUCAGAGCUACUCGUCCUUGGAGUCUCGAGGCUGAAACCACAGAUCUGGACCCUCACCCCCUCCCCUGUACAGUAUUUAUUGUCACCAGCUCCUUAUUUAAAGAUCUUUGACCCUCA